AUGCGCCACGCAUUCCGAAUGCCAUUUGCACCGCAACAGCAACUCCAACCGGAGUCCAGAAGGAUGCAUACGAUAGCUCGAGAGAGUCUGCAACAUUUCCUCUACGCCUACAAGGAGUCACCUAAAGAGCAAGGUCUUCGCCUCGUCCAUGACGCCAAGAAAAGUCAAGCUCUACGACGAGAACGAGAAUAUCAGCGAGCUUUGCAGAAUCUUCGUGCCGCUGUGGUGAAUCACAUUUAA